AUGCCCGUGCUCUCCAACAUGAAACCUAGUUGUGUGCGCACGCUAGAAAGCAUCCAAGCUCAAGGUGUCGUUUACGACCAUGCUGGCUCAUCCGAAGAAGAGAAGCACCUGUGGCAAAUGCUCGACCGAGCCAACCUGAACGCCAGCGACGACGGAGAGCCGCCAACGGCAAUGGCUGGUAAUACUGGGACCCACGAGGUGGCUGCCGCUUCAAGCAGAGCACCGCACCUCAGUCUGGCCAUCGAGAGGCUCGAUCCAGAAGACACCUUUCGAUCGGCAAAGAAAGUGUGCAGACUCCUAGAGAAGGGUGUCGUAGCAGUGCUGGGACCACGCAAGCAAGAACCGGCGUCACUGGUCAGCAGCGCUUGCAUUGGGCACCGUGUACCGCACGUGUACUUGUCCCAGGAAUUUCAGCCUAACGCCGACGUCAACGCGGCUUCGGCGUCCCUUAGCAUGGCGCCAUCUCACUUCGAAUUGGACAACGCACUCCAGGAUUUGGUGAAGGCUCAACGAUGGAAGAGCUUCACUAUUGUCUACGAAAAUCCAGAAGCGUUGGUGCGGCUGCGCGGCCUCUUACACUUGACUCAGCCUGGCGGUCUUCCUAUUCCGGUGUCUCUGCGGCUACUUCCGGACAAGACGGAUCCUCGGAUCGUUCUGCGGGAGAUCGCCAAGAAUGGCGAAAGCAACAUUGUGCUCGACGUGGCUACGCACAAGCUGGGAGAUUUGCUGAGACAUGCACAAAGAAUGGGAAUCGUUAACGAGUACCACAACUUCAUUGUCACCACACUGGACCUCCACAGUGUGGACCUAACAGACCUACAGAACUCUGGGACCAAUUUGACCGGUUUUAUGCUUCUCAAGAGAGAGCUCUGGGAACAGGACAUCGGAGCGGUACGUGAGAAGUACACAAAAACUGGCUUAUACCCACUAUUCUUAACACAUCGGGAAUCUUGGAAGCGAAUAAGGACAGACGCGGCUCUCACUCAAGAUGCACUGAUCAUUCUUGUGCGAGCAAUCCAGGGCCUAGCCAGGGCCCGCACAUUGGAGGCACCACCUAGGUUCAGCUGCCGUACAAACUCCGCGGAAAGGAACCGUACUCAGUCGAAUAUGCUUGAGGAAGCUGUGAAAAAGACACGGUUCUCGGGCUUGACUGGACCAGUGUGGCUUGACGCUAAUGGUCAACGGAGAAAUCUGUCUCUGUACGUGGCACAACUGAAGCGUGCGGGGUUGACAUCGGUUGGAACAUGGAGUGCAUCCUCUGGGCUAAACCUCACUCGGGCAGAAAAGAUGUUCCAGGACGAAAUACUUAACGUAUUGAAGAACAAGACUUUGAGAAUUACGACGAUAUUGAAUGCACCGUACGUCAUGCUCAAGAAAUCCGCGCACAAGCUCGAAGGAAACGACCGCUUCGAAGGGUACUGCGUGGAUUUGCUCCGUGAAGUGUCCGCAUUACUUGGUUUCCGCUACCAUCUCAAGCUUGUCAGAGACGGCGCAUACGGCAGCCGCGACUCUCAGGGCAGGUGGAACGGAAUGGUGCGCGAACUUGUCGACAUGGAGACGGACCUGGCGAUCGGUGACCUGACCAUCACGUCAGAGCGCGAGCGAGCCGUAGACUUCACCAUGCCUUUCAUGACGUUGGGAGUCAGCAUACUCUACAAGAAGGCCGACCAGAAACGUUCGCUUCUCUACUUCCUGUCUCCGCUUUCGGGGGACGUGUGGCUGUGCGUCGCCGCUGCCUGCGUCGUUGUGAGUGUCAUUCUGUGCUGCGUCGCUCGUGCUCAGAGUGCAGUGCAGUCCAGAAAUGGUGCCACUUCGCGGUGUUACGGGUGCUACUGCUGUGGGAACAGUUUAGCACGCACUGGUGGCAACUGGUACACGGGAACGGAGGGUGGGCGUGCCGGGCUCGACAUCAUCAAGGGUCAGGAAGAAGUGGACUCCUCGGAACUCCAACAAGAGAAGGUGUAUUGUGACGCCAGGAGGAAUACUGGUCUGCGAACGGUGAAAAGCGACUUCACUCUUCCUAACAGCUUUUGGUUCACAAUUAGCGCCAUCAUGAGGCAAGGAUGUGAUAAGUCUCCGAGGUCAGCUUCGACGCGCAUAAUCGCUACAACCUGGUGGAUCUUCUCGUUCGUGCUGGUGUCUUCGUACACAGCGAACUUGGCGUCUUUCCUGACGAAAGAAAGGCUUCUGUCACCGAUCGAUAGUGCCGAAGACUUGGCGAAGCAGUCUGCUGUGCGCUACGGAUGCGUGCGCUCAGGAUCGACGCACGCUUUUUUCAAGGAGUCAAGACACGAGACGUACGAGAUGAUGCGGCACGCCAUGAAAGAGGACCUGGUGCCUUCCGUCGCCGAGGGCAUUGGGCGCGUGGAGCGCGGUGGCUACGCCUUCAUCAUGGAAUCUACGAGCAUCGAGUACGUGGUACGGAGACGGUGCCAGCUCAAGCAGAUCGGGGGUCUCUUAGACUCCAAGGGCUACGGCAUCGCCACGCCGCCUGGAUCUCCGUAUCGCAACAUUCUGUCGUCGACCGUACUACGGCUCCAAGAGCGUGGCACGCUGCAAGAGCUCAAGGAUCGUUGGUGGAAAGUACGGGAUCCGCUGAAGCGCUGUCCCACAGACGCCGGAGAAUCUAGGACUGACGCAGCUAGCGAGCUGGGCCUACCAAAAGUCGGCGGCGUGUUCGUCGUUCUCCUAGCGGGUCUCGGUUUCGCCUGCCUCAUCGCUUUCGCCGAGUUGUUCUGUAAAACACGGUUAGCACGCAGUAGAAGGAGUUCAUGAGCCUUACAGAGCUCUUUGCAUGAAUUGUCCAAUUGACAUGUGUUCAUUUUCGAAAGAUAUUUGGCGCAGCGAAAGACGGGAUACACAAAAAAGUGCUGUUGCUUCCUGCGUCGCGUUUCUUGUUGCGCUUAAAAUGCUUUGGAGCAAUGCACGCUGUGCCUCGUAUUGAGAGAGAGGCAGAAAAUACGAAUGCAAAUGAUGAGACCUCCUGUGUAAUUGCACAUUUAUUCCUGUUUGUGUACAAGUCAUUAACCAAAUAAAGUGCAAUUUGUAAUAGGACUAAAUAUUCUGUAA